GGAGCAGUCAGAGGCAGUGCCGUGCACAGAAGAAGCUGCCCACAGCAGGAGACGGCCCCGGCAUGGAAGCGCUGCCCGUCUACCAUGGGGGCAUCACCCGUGAGGCUGGGGAGAAGCUGCUGCUGGCAGCGGGCACUGAUGGCAGCUACCUGCUGCGGGACAGUGAGAGCAUCCCAGGAGUCUACUGCCUCUGUGUGCUGCACCAGGGUUACAUUUAUACCUACAGAGUGUCCAAGACAGAAACUGGGUCCUGGAGUGCUGAGACAGCACCGGGGGUCCACCGGAGGCUCUUUCGGAAAAUGCACAACCUCAUUUUGGCCUUCCAGAAACCCGACCAAGGCAUCAUAACACCCCUGCGGCACCCAGUUGUCAACCACGCGCAAGUCAAAUAUCCCCCAGGUACUUGUGGGUCAGAGGGAGCCUCGGCUGCGGCUGAGCAGAGCCCUCCAUGGCGGUAGGGAUAGAGGGCUUAGACUUGCUUGCAUCUUUGACCUGAACUAGCCAGCAGGGUGGCAUUGCCAAAAACAUGCGCUGACUUCACUACCGUGUGAUCGACAUGCUGGCACUCAGGCCUGUCGAUGUGAUGAGUAAAUGGAUCAUGAAUAUGUAUUCCUGAGGUGUCUGUCUGCCCCCCACCCCCCCGCCUUGUAGACACGAACCUUCUGAUCUGGCCGUUUUCUUGCAGCGUUCAUCUUUCAUAGCUUUGUGAUUAUUUUUCUUAGGGACAAAUGAAGGCCAUGACUUCCACCUGCAGCCAUCAUGAGAACGUAUUCCCAAGUGUGACGUAACCGUAUCGUCCAGUGUCUCCUCUAGUCCGUGCUCUAGAACAGAACAAUAUAUAUUUGAUAGUUUAUACAACUCCAUGAGUUUUCUUGUAACAUUUGCAUAAAUGUGUAUUUCGUAGAAUCUCUAGCUCAAAAUUUAGAAGUUUUAAGUUUCAGAAUGUUUUGAAUGUAGGUUUUUUCUUUUUAUUUUUGUAAGAAUGGAUAAAAAGUAUCAACUACUAAAUACUGCAAUGUCUUUUUUCUCUUUGUACUCUCAAGUACACAAUAUUUUUCACUUCAAAGUUAGUUCCUAAUUAAUAAUUAGUUACUAAUUUUACAUUAUCUAACUUAGGGCACUUCUUUGCUUUGUUCUGGUUGGCAUUUAUACAGAAGUGGGCAAGUCCCAUUUUAAAGCCUUAGGAAAAUAGCUUACAUUAAGAUGUUCUUGCCUUGGGUAGGCCGCGUGACUGUCAUUCACACAGUUCCUAAAGAUAGCCCAGAAGUGGCACCAUGAGGAUCCCUGAGGAUCGCCAUCUGAUUUCCCAUCAUACAGGCUCUCUGCCCUGUAACUCGGCAGAACUGGCCACCAGUGCCUGGCUGCACAAAAUCUGUGCAAUCGAAAGCUUAAGCAAUGUACUGAGUAACCGAGACCAACCAGUGAAGAGAACAUCAUCCUUUGC